CCCAAUAACAAAAAAAUGUCACUUUCCUUUUACAGCCCAUUUGUUUCCACUGGCCACUUCCAUUGCAACCACCAAAACCACAUCUCGCCGCCGUCGACGACGACGACGACGUCUGCUUUGUCACCGUCACUGAAUCGUCGGAGAAAAGAGAGAAGAAGCGUUUUAACUCGCUCGUUGGAUCUGAUGGAUGUUUGUGGCGUUGAUUCCGAAGGGAAGGAGUUUAAUAGCGCUCAAGAGAUGUGGAGGGAAGAAAUUGGAGAAGAAGGAGAUGAAACGAAGAAAACUCAAUGGUAUCGAGACGGAGUUUCUUAUUGGGAAGGUGUUGAAGCUUCUGUUGAUGGAGUAUUAGGAGGAUAUGGUCAUGUGAAUGAUGCUGAUAUUUUAGGAAGUGAGGUUUUUCUCAAGACUCUUAUGCAAGAAAGAUUAGUAAAUGUAAAUGGAGGAACAAAUCAGCAUCUAGUGGCUCUUGAUUGUGGAUCUGGCAUUGGAAGGAUCACCAAGAAUCUUCUAAUACGAUACUUUAACGAGGUUGAUCUUCUUGAGCCUGUAGCACAAUUCCUAGAUGCAGCGCGUGAAAACUUGGCAUCUGCGGGAUCAGAAACGCACAAAGCAACUAACUUCUUCUGUGUCCCGCUUCAGGAGUUUACUCCAGCUGCUGGAAGGUAUGAUGUUAUAUGGGUUCAAUGGUGCAUUGGGCAUCUCACUGACGAUGACUUUGUUUCUUUCUUCAACCGAGCAAAGGGCUGCCUUAAACCUGGUGGGUUUUUUGUUGUGAAAGAGAAUCUCUGUAAAAACGGGUUUGUCUUGGAUAAAGAGGAUCGUAGCAUCACCAGAUCGGAUCCGUAUUUCAAACAGCUCUUUCGUCGGUGUGGGUUACAUCUCUAUCAAACAAAGGAUCAAAAGGGUCUUCCGCAAGAGUUAUUUGCUGUAAAAAUGUAUGCUUUAACGAUUGAUACACCACCCAAAGUCCACAGAACCAGAUCAAAGACUCGUAGCAACAGACCACAGAUUAUCAAAUGACAUGCUUCUGUUUGGUUUUUGUGGAGUCUUCAAUCUUUUUGAUUGAAGAGAGAAGCUACCAAAUGUGUUGUGAGAUCUGGUUCAAGGCUUCAUUGCUUCAAGGAUGGGUUCACAGUUAAUCGUCUGAUCAUUUGUCCGAACUUACACAUGAGUUAGAGGAUACACUUCAAAUGGUGGUUUGUAAUUUGAAUCUUUGUUGCUUUCAAGAAUCAUAUUUACAGUUGAUGAGCCUUUUGUUGAGUUGUUGCAUUCGUCUCGAAAUUUGAAACAUAAGAUAAGACAUCACAUAUUAAAUUAAA